AGAAAUUAUGUUUGUUCCCAGGGUUCAAUAGAGUACCAAAACUUUGUUAGGGUUUCUCUCUCUCUCUCUCUCUCUCUCUCACACACACACACACACACACACACACAGAGACAUACACACAGAGAUAGUCACAGGCACGCACUGGAGGUGAAAAGAUGGGGGGGAAGGGGAUAAGGAGAAGAGAGAAGAAUUAUAGAGCGGCGCAUGGAGGGAGCAGUAGACUACCGCCGCCACCCGAUCCCUCUUCGGUUGAUGCUGUCCCCUCCAAACUUCGUAAAAUCAUGUCUUUGGCAGGAGCUGUGAGACAACCGAGUAAUGGUCCAAAGAAAAGUACAGGGAAUGCGGUUGAUAAGGGAAUUCAUUCAGGGGAAGGAACUGAUUCUAUGACUACAGGGAUGAAAAGAAAAAGAACUGAUCAGAGUUUGAUGGCACAACCUAUGAAAAACGACAAUGAUGUCCCUCAAAAUAAUAUGCAUGAGAAGAAGAAGAAAAAGAAGAGGAAAAAUAAAAAAGCAGAUGACCUCCGAUUUGAGACAGUGGGUGCACCAGGUGGUGCUGGUUCUCAAAGAAAAGAGCGUAAAAAACAGCGCCUGGAAGCAAGAAAGAAGAAACACAAAAAGCCCAGGACAGAUGAGGAUGAUGAUUUUCCAGGCCAUGAACAAAUAAAAUUUGGAGAUGUUGUUGAGGCGCCGCCUAAGUUAAUUGCCGUUCCUAAGGCGUUCAAGAAAACCCAGGAUGCUUCACAAGAAAGGCUUCGAUUACAAGCAGUUGAUGCCUACAGGAAACGUAAAGGAUGGGCAUCAAGGCCUGGGGUUCAGCUUCCUCCACCUGUGACUACGUCGCCAUUCUUCUAGUUAGUCAAACACAGACAUGGUUAUUUUAGCCUCUGUAGGGGCAUUUUCCUGGGAAGCUAUAUCCAGUGCCGAUGCAAUAUA